GUCAACAUCAGGCAGAAUUCCUUCCAAUGUAAAAUCAUUUUUAAAGAUUUGUUAGAGAAUGUUUCGUUCAAUCAGCAGAGAGUGAAGUCGAAAGAAGAUUUUUUUUGUUGGAGGUUUCUGAAUAAAUUUUGAUUUUAACAAUAUGGAGUGCAACUGGAAAUCCUUCUACAAACCGUUGGUACGGAAAAAGUAUAUUCCGGAUGAUAAAUUAACAGUUACUGUACUUGAACGUUGUUUAACAACUUUUGAUUUAACAUUUUUAGGAGUUGGAAGUACUCUUGGACUUGGUAUAUAUAUUUUAGUUGGACAAAUUGCCAGCAAAACUGCCGGACCAGCUGUUUGCAUAUCUUAUUUUAUUGCUGCAGUAGCAUCUAUUUUUGCAGCUCUCUGUUAUGCUGAAUUUGGUGCUCGGGUUCCAAAAGCAGGCUCUGCUUAUGUAUACAGUUAUGUUACUGUUGGAGAAUUUAUGGCUUUUAUAAUUGGCUGGAACUUGGUUUUAGAGUAUGUAAUUGGUACUGCUUCAGUAGCAAGAGGAUACAGUGGGUAUUUGGAUUCCAUAUUUAAUAAUACUAUUGCAAGGCACCUGAAUGAAACUCUUCCAAUUCAUGUUCAUUCUUUGUCUUCUUAUCCUGACUUUCUGGCUUUUGGAAUCACUCUUGUAUUAACAGUAUUACUUGGAAUUGGAGUCAAGGAAUCCACUUCUUUUAACAAUGUGUGCACUGUUUUAAAUUUGAUGGUUGUUUGUUAUGCUGUGAUAACUGGAAGUUUUCAAGCCGAUACACAUAACUGGAAUUUGAAACCAGAAGAGGUACCUGCAAAUGCUGGGACUGGGGGUUUCUUCCCAUUUGGCUUUAAAGGAGUAAUGACUGCAGCUGCUACUUGUUUUUAUGGAUAUGUUGGAUUUGAUUGUAUAGCAACUACAGGUGAGGAAGCUAAAAAUCCCCAGAAAGCUAUACCCAUUGCGAUUGUAACUUCAUUGUUUAUAGUUUUUCUUGCAUAUUUUAGUGUGUCUGUAGUCCAGACAUUAAUGGUGCCUUACUAUUUCCAAAAUGUACCUGCACCUUUGCCAUAUGUUUUUGACUAUGUUGGGUGGCCUGUUGCUAAAUGGAUCAUCACGAUUGGUGCUUUGACAGGGUUGUCUACAAGUUUACUGGGUGCUAUGUUUCCUCUUCCAAGAGUAAUGUAUGCCAUGGCAAAUGAUGGAUUAAUUUUUAGAUUUCUAGCUAACACACAUCAAAAAUUCAAGACUCCCCUGAUUGCUACUUUCAUAGCUGGAGUGUUUUCUGGGCUCAUGGCUAUGAUGUUUGACAUCACAGAGCUUGCUAAUAUGAUGUCAAUUGGUACACUAUUAGCAUACACUUUGGUUGCUGUUUCUGUUUUAAUAUUAAGAUAUCAAGUUCAAGAAGAGCGUAUUCCUCUCGCACCUCUAUCGUUGACAAAUGGUCGGUCCUCUUCCCAGAGUAACAGCUCAGUUGAUGAAGCACCUGCUCCCAGCAAGACAUUUAUGAUUCGCAAAUUAGCGAGUAAAAAUGUGAAUUUCAUGAUGGCAUCAACUAGCACAAUGCUUGCAUCAACACAACAUUACACCUAUAAAGAAUUACUCAGACAAAUUUUCAAUUUGGAUAGGAUUGAGGUUCAGACUAUGCUGUCUUCCAAAGUUAGCAUGAUGUUGAUUACUUCUAUAAGUUGUGUUUUAGUUGUGCUAGAUUUGUUACUAAAUGUACUGGAAGAUGAUUUAUUUGCUAUGGACCCCGGAGCCUUUUUUGCUUGUGGAGUAUUGUUUCUUAUUGUCAUAGUUUUAGUUGUUGCUCUUGCAUUGCAACCUUCUGAUCAACAAAGAUUAUCAUUUAGGGUUCCUUGGGUUCCAGUGGUACCUGUGUUAAGUGUAUUUGUGAACUUUUAUUUGAUGCUCAAACUUCCUGUGGAUACUUGGUAUCGCUUCCUAUAUUGGAUGAUUGCUGGUAUGGCAAAAUUUUCUCAUGUCAUGUCUCGAGAACAUCGCUAUAAAAUUUUUGUUUAA